GCGGGCCCGCGUGCUGAAGGGGCCGCAGGGCAAGCCCGUGGUGGCCGUCUCCUGUGGGGCUUACCACUCCGCAUGCAUUACCCACGACGGCUGCGUCUACACCUGGGGCUGCAACUCCCACGGCUGUUUGGGUCUCGACCAUUUCCAGCAGUACCCUUUUCCCAAUUGCGGCUCCAAGGGGGCCCCCCGGGGCCCCCCGGGGAGCCCCCCGGGGGGCCCCCGGGGGGCCCCCGAGGCCGCUGCUGCGGGCGCCGCGCCCGCAGCAGCUGCUGCUGCGGCGCCUGCUGCAGCAGCAGCAGCAGCAGCAGCAGCAGCAGCAGCAGCAGCAGCAGCAGAAGGAGUUAGUGUCUCCUCUCCGCAGCAAGUCAAGGCCCUGGCCAAGGAGACAGUUGUUGCUGUCUCUUGUGGGGCCUUUCAUACGGCCUUUGUGGCUGUGGGGCGCGGGGGCGCGCGGUGUAUGUACACCUGCGGCCUGGGGCUCUCCGGCAGACUCGGGCUGGGAGACGAAAAGGACAGAUAUAAGGUCAAAAUACGACUGUCUCCUUUUGUCCCUUUUUAA